ACUGUAGUCAACAUUUGCGAGGAGCAGGAGAAGAGCAAAAUUAAGAAAAAAGUGAAGAAAAAAAAAAGCCAAAAGGAAAAAAAGAAAACCUUGUGUAUCGACGCCUCCCGUCAGUAGACCCCCAACCUAGCAAGAUCCUCAGAGCAAGAAUUCCCCAGCUUUAGUUCAGGCGGGAGUAAAAAUCCACCCCCCGUUCGCGCGCGACCCGCCAGAACCGAUGGGCAACUGCUUUGGCAAGCCCGACUCCAGCUCGGGCGACAACAACGCUGGUGGUGCGCGACCCAGCAACAACAACCAGACCCCGUCCGCCUCCGCCUCGGGUCAGAAGAAGAAACCACACACAACCGGGAAGGGCCGAACGCUGGGCGAGGCCGCCAGCAGCGGUUCCUCUGCAGUCCCACCGACAGCUGCUGCGGAUGCAGCACGACAGGCAGCGUUGGACCGCCACUCAGAAAACAACAAGAAGACGGGAGGGAAAAUAGGUUCCAGCCUCCAGGCGCAAAAGAAGAUGACGGACCGGCAGGUGCUGAGCCAGGCAGCAGAGGAAAGUCGGCGGCAGAGAGAGCUCGACGACCAGGCACGGGCGUUGCGGAAUGAUUAGAUCCCAGAUACUUAUGUUAGUCUCUCUAGUUGGAAUCGAGGUUCUUAAUUUUCCCUCUUUUUUUCCGGCUGAUUAUAUGUAACAGAGAACGGAAGAGACAGUUGUCCGCAGCCACAGCAUCAUAGCGUUUCAAAAAGAGUUCAACGGGAUGCAGAAUUACACAAUAUAUUUCCAGUGUCGCAGUCAAGUCAAGUCUACUGGUAUAUACUCUAUCAAACGUACCCAAACCGCCAAUGAUGAGCCAUCCCAAACACAGUCAUUAUAUUCAUGAAACAAGA